CUUUGCCGAGAUAAUGGCAUCUUCACGCCGAGUACAGAACUCCCAUAAAGCUGUCUUUUGUAACUUCCCACCCACUUGUGGUGCACGGGUGUGAAAUCAAACGGAUCCUCUGCACAGAGAGCUCGUAGUGUAGUCUGAAACAAAAGCUUAUAGCCUCCAUGGCGGAAAUAGACGGUACCGAUAGGUGAAUAAAACCCUUUUUAUCUGAUCAGCAUGGAUGUCUCAGAGGAGAAUGACUACUACUACUACCAUGAAAACAUCAGCCUCAACUUCAGCUACGAUGACUACCCGGCCCUCUGUGAAAAGGGUGACGUUCGUUCCUUCGCAGGCCUCUUCCUCCCCAUCAUGUAUACUAUGUGUCUGGUGGUGGGACUGGCAGGGAACGGCUUAGUUGUGGGGGUCUACGCCUACCACAAACACCUCAAGACCAUGACGGAUGCUUUCCUGACCCACCUGGCUGUGGCUGACCUGCUCCUGCUCUUCACGCUGCCUUUCUGGGCUGCUGAUGCGACGAGGGGCUGGGAGCUGGGCGAGGCCAUCUGUAAGAUCGUGUCUGCCUGCUACACGGUCAACUUCACCUGCUGCAUGCUGCUGCUGGCCUGCAUCAGCCUGGAUCGUUACUUGGCGCUGGCCAGGGUGCAAGGUAAAGACCAAAGUCGGCGCUUGCAGAGGAUAUUCACUAGGAGACACUGCUGGAAGAUGUGUGUAGUUGUGUGGGCGACAGCUUUCGUCCUUGGACUUCCUGAUUUAAUACUCUCAGAAGUGAGAUGGGCAUCUAACAGGAGCGUCUGUCUAGCUAUCUACCCUCCAUCAAUGGCUCGAGGGGGGAAAGCUUCUCUGGAGAUAGCAGAGGUGCUGCUGGGAUUCCUGCUUCCAUUCCUGGUUAUGGUGAUGUGUUACUGGAGCGUGGGCCGAGCACUAAAGGGCCUCCCUGUGGAGAGCAGAGGCAAGAAGUGGAAAGCUCUACGUGUCCUCCUAAUAGUAGUGGGGGUGUUUGUGGUCACUCAACUGCCUUAUAACGUGUUGAAGGUCUACCGAGUGAUGGACUCAGUCUACGCGUUAGUGACCCACUGUGGGACGAGUAAAGUGUUGGAUCAGGCGGCUCAGGUGACGGAGAGCUUGGCCCUCACUCACUGCUGCCUCAACCCGAUCCUCUACGCUUUCGUGGGGUCGUCUUUCAGGCAGCACAUGAUGAAAGCGGCCAAGAAGUUUGUCGAGAAGAGAAGAAAGAGAAGGCAAAAUCCUGCAGGGGAAGAGAUGGAGAUGUCAUUUAACUCCCACAGUGCAUCCCAAGAGACAAACACAUUUUCAAUAUGAGUCAACAAUAGUGUCAUGGUGGAAGACAUUAAUCAAAAUCACUUAUUUAGUAUAGAAGAAGAGCAGAUACACCAGCAGUACACGCAUGUGUGGAAAUCAUUAAGAUGUACACAAAUUCCACGUCGUUUUAACACUUACCACAAUACAUCAAAAACAGGAAGUUGUUAAUCAUAUUUUUCUGCUCCCGUUUGUUAAAAUGUCUUUGAGCUAGGUAUUCAUGUUUACUUUCAAAGUCAAAAGAAGUGUAUAUUUUUCUGUUGUGAGUGAUGAAUGAAAAAGGGAUUUGGCUUUGUUUUGAGUGAUGUUUUUUAUAGUCGUAUACCCUGGUCCAGAGGAAACAAUAUUUCACUUAAACUGUAUUUUUUUUUUUUUUAUACAACGUUGGCAUGACAAUGAACUCUGGAAUUUGAUUCACUUGUUCUGCAAAAAACUUUUUACAGAGUAAAAAAUGCUCUUCGCAGAAUAUCUCACAAGCUUAAAUGCUUAAAUGUUUGUUUUUUUGUUUAUCCAGAUGUUUGAGGUAACAGACAUUCCUUUCAGGAUUUCACAAUAAACAUUUAACACUUAUAGUAACACUUCCAGUACAGUACACAUGCAGUACAAAUUAUAAAUAAGAAUCAUUUUUGAACUCCAUACUCAUUACACACUUUGCUCUUUUGGAAAACAUAACUGCAACGUGUUUGAAAUUAUGGUUGUUUCAAUUGUAAUCAACUUAAGUAAAUACUUAAUACUUCCUGAUGCACUUGAUGUUACACAUCUGCACAGCCUAUAAACCAGAUGUACUACACAUGCCUGCACCACUGAUAUGAAGUAAGGAAGCAUGAUUUUGGAGCUCUAAUAUUGUAAAACUCUGUACUUUCUUUUAUUUCUUAGCUUAAGACAGUUCCUGUAAAUGAAAAGAUAUCACACAUCAGCUUGUUUGCACAGUGGGAUUUAACUCUCUUUCAUGUUGGAAAGCCACAGAUUAGUUUCCUGAAUUCCUCAGAACAUCUGAGGCACAUUUACUGCACACGUACUUCACAGUUUAUGUCUGCAGCCAAGUCUGCACAACACACUGAAAAACAACCUCUAAUAACCUUUUUUUACGAGGGGAUGCUUGUCAUUCUCUUGAUAGUUGCAAAUCUUAUUUCUUAAUUACAGAUGUUUUUCUUUAAGACUGAUUUAACAUGGCAAGAUGACAGAGAGGCAUAGAGAUGGAGGGUUGCGCACAUUUAAACAUUUAGUCUUACACAUGUGAAAGGUCCAGUAUUAGAACACUCUGUACUUGUUUAGAUAAGUGAAAGUGUAAUAAUUGUGCUUGCCCUUUCAAACUGUUACAACAUUCCCCUGCUCUGUUUUAUCUUUGAGGAAAUUCUGGCACAUCCAAUCAUACCUACUCAGUGCUUGUAUUAGACCAAAGUCAAUCGGAGACAGUGGGAGCAUGUACAUGUUGAACAGAAAAGGCCCGCGAAUGGAGCCUUCACUUAACUUCACUUAAUCUUUGUACGCUCAGAUGUAUAAUCAUAGAUUGACACAAAAAAGUCCUAUCUACAGUUGCUGUAAGAGCUUAACGUACUGCAAAUAGACAGCACAAGCAAAUCAAACAGCAUCUUCACCAACUUGACAACACAUGCAGCAUUUACAAAAUAUCACCAAUUUGACAACACAGCAGAUAUCCGCAAUAAUAUCUGAAUCAUACCAUCACAAUGCUAAAACAAGCACGGUUUUAAUUUGCCGUACAUAGAGUUAUCAGGGCCAGGAAAUACUGACUGGAAAACAUCAAAAACAAUUGUUUAGGACCAAGAAGGUGUUUUCAAUGAUUUCACUUAAAAAUGGGAGGUCCGGUAUGUGCCUGCAAUUGUUGCCUAGAUGAUUCUUUGGAGUGACUAUUGCAGAAUAUCUGACGCCAUGCAGCUGAAAACAUUUUUGAGAAAGCCUGAAGGUAGAAAAUCAAGGCAGCAGCAGGAGGAUUUCAGAUGAUGCAUAAUAAGAUCUAAUCAUUCCUCCUGAUGGGAUCAAAUCAGACCUUUUCAUAGAUGUAAACAAACAUUCUAAAUGGACCCAAGUUGAUUUCCUGUUGCAGUGUAUGUGAAUGGCAUCAACUGAUGUGAAGUUAACAAGGGGCCAGGUUGUUGCCUAGCAAUGGAAUUUCAUUGAAAAGGUCUAUUGGAUUGGUUUGAAGUGGACAACACAGACCCAAAACCUGAUGUAGAGGAACUGACAUCUAAUUUUCUGAUUUUCUAAAGAUUGAAGCAAAUUCAUUACAUGACUUAGUGGAUACAAGUUCAGGGGUUACUGACAAAGAGGGGUUUGUGACUGUGAAUAAAAACAUUGUCACCAAUUGUAAAUUAGACAUAAACACAGCAAAAGAUAGUUUAAAUAGUUUGCAUUUCUGUUAUUUUUCCUGUUAGACACAUGCAUGCUGUGGUUUGUCAUCUUGUAAACACAUAGAGUGUUAACUGAAAGUUAAUUUCACAAGUUCUUCAGAAAUAAGAUUAGAAAAGAUCCUUUUUUUAAAAACAAUUUUGUUCUUAGUUGUCUUCCUGUUUCCCAGCUGGUACAAAUCAAGUGAUGCUGCAGGUCAUGCUCUGGCACAUGUGCUUUCUCAUGUGGAAACCAUCUGACUGAGGUUUGCCAUCUGCUAACGAAACAAACAUUUCCCUCAGCCAAAAAAAAAAAAAAAAAAAAAAA